GGGCAGGGCUUCAUCUGGAGCUCAACACAGCUGGGCUACCUUGAGUUGUCCAGCCUCACACCGCCCAUUAGUAAUCGCUGAUACGUGUUGUUACACAUCUGAAGCAACGGAUGUCGCAAAGUGAUUCAUAAGCAGUUAUAAUAUUGUCCUUAAUACCUUUAUGUAGACAUUCUACAAUACAUUUAGGUGCAUUGCAAAACACUGUGACAGUAACACUGAGGGAAGCAGGGGUUACUGGAGGACGUUGCUUUUUACAGAGUAAGUGUAAAGGUUAGGUAGUAUCUGAUUAUUUGCAGUAUUGAUUACUCUAUUGAUCAUUCAUUAGGCUCAGUUGACCCCACACGAGUGUCUUAAAAUUGCUUUAUCUUGCAGCCUAAAUAUCCAAUAAUCUAAUCUAAACCUUGUGAAGCCGUUGGCAUGUUUGAUGUUUUAACUUUUACUCGUUGCUGUUAAAACUGACCAGUUUAUGAUAAUAAAAUGAGGAAUUAUUUAAGGUUUUGAAUCGUUUUUGUUGUAGCAAUCUGUUGUGCGAGUGGUAGUAUUUGUCUGCCGGGCAGAAGUCUAUCCAACACUGUAUGGGUUGGUUACAAUAUUAAUUAGGAGCUCCUUCAUAGAGGCGCAACCACAUUCAAGUUGAGCUAGUUAGCAAGUUGGCUUUACUACGAGGAUACUUUAAGUUGUACAAAUACACACACCCUUUUCCUUGUGGUUAGCGUGCAGCUUUGGUCAAGAUCCACAGUACAGUUUGGGAGUAAAUGUGUCGGGCGUGCUCUCAUACCAGGAAGUUCACUCGGUGUGUUGCUCUCAGAUACUCGAGCAUGUAAGAUAAGACGUGUUCAUUCAUCAGUUAUCAGUCUAAAGCGUCACUAGAGAAUACAGUAGACAGUAUUGGACUCAUUAGUUUUAUGGCGGUCAUAAAACCAAACAGGUUACUCGUGUUUACAGUCAGGGUUUGGAAAUUCCCUUUUUGUUUUUCAAUAUUUCCAGAAGGUAGCCAGUCACCAGAUGACCCGUCAUCUGACUGCUGUGUUGUGUAACGUCUGUGAAGCGCUGACUGACUCUGUGUGUUUGUCUGAUGCCAGGAUUCAUUUAUUAGACCGCCAACAAAGUGUUUGAAUUGUUGUGGAGGAAUUAAUAGUGUGUCAUGUUUUGUCCUUUUUGGUGUUCUUUCAUUAUUAAUCAUGUUCUUUUGUUUCGUUUAGAAGGGAAACCAAAGGCACGUCUGUACUGUAGAUGCACCAUCAUCUGGUGAUGACAUAACACAAAUAGAACUGACGUGGAGGAGAUGGUCGAAUGGAAAUGUUGAAGCGCUUCAGAUGUAUUGUCAAGUUUAAUCAUCCAGGAAAUGGCGACAGAAUAUGAAAAUACACAUUCAAAACAGCUUCUACAGUUGUGUGUGGAUGUUUUGUUUUUGUGUUGAGUGUGUAAAGCAGAUGCACUCUGCCUCCAGUGGCCAAUGGCUCCUGGGCUCGGGGCCAGCCCUCGGAAAGGCAGCGCUAAUGACUGUCGCACAGAGGCCAAAUGUCUCACAGCGACGCAGGGAGAAGCUGGCGAGACUCGGUUCACUUGAUCUCACAACACCGCGUUCAGGAAUGAAUCCAAGCAGCCGGUCGUAGGUGGCCCGCACACACACACACGAGCAUCCCUGCUUUUCUAUGAAGAUGUCCUUGCUGGUGCCUCAGUUGUGGCAGUUACUUAAACUUUUUAUUUUUUUGUUACCUGUUUGCUUGUUUUCACUGAGCGUUGUCGGGCUCUCAUACCUUGUGAUGGUCUGCUGAAGUGCUCCAUGAUUGCCUUCCAGCCAGCGACGCAUUGAAAAGCUGUCGAUGCUCUUACUUUAAUUCAUUUAGACCAGGAGCCGGUACUUUAUGGGCAGCGGGCUGCAUUCAGAGGUGAGCUCUCUUUCUCGCUCUCUCUCUCUCUCUCGCUCUCUCCACGCUGUAAGCUAUUGGCUACUCGCCCAGGUCUGCAACACUAAGGAACUGAGGAGCUGAAGUGGGCACUUUUAGCGCAGCUCCACUCUCCACUGAGCACAGGGCCAAGGACAAAAGGUUUGUGAGUGUGUGUGUGUGUGUGUGUGUGUUUGUACACACUCCUGGAGCAUGUACACGCAAAGCAUCCUUUUGAGUCGGCUUCAGGAACCACAGGCUGCAGUGGGUUCAUCGUCCGCCGCAGGCAUGUACUGUACAUACAAAGGUGUGUGUGUGUGUACUCAUAAUACAUCCUUUUAAUUGGUCGACAGAAUAUCGGUUGUACAGUAGCUGUUCGUCAUGUGUCGUGCUUACGAGGGAUAAUAACGAGAUAGUUCAGAUAAGAUGAUUGCGAGGCUGAUCGCUCCAAUGAAAAGCUCGUUCCUCAGCUGCUGCAGACAUAAAUGAAAUUGCGACGCCUGCACUCCACCGAGAAGCAUCCGUGCGGUUGAUAGUGUGGCUUUGCUCUCUCGCGUGAGACGAAAGAGGGCCUGACAGUUAUGAAAAUGGCCACAGGGAACAACCUGUCAUCAGACACGACGUGUUGACACUUGCUGCCGCCGUCGUCGUCGCGAUGUUUGCGGCCCUCGGAUAGGCCGGCCUCUGGAGGGCUAAGCAUGGUGUGAACGAGUGCCAUCAAUGCUGGCAUGGGGACCGGCGCUUACUUCACCCACAGUCAGCUGAACCGGGGAUGUGUCGUAGUGUGAGGACACAGCACAUGGUCGUGUGGGGAUGGAUGGAAUAUUUUCAGGGCAUAGUAAUUCAUGUUUUCAGGAAAUAUAUUUACUCAGUGACUGAUACUGCUAAUGUUUAAGGUUAUGAACACUUAUAAUAUUGCAUAACUACCGGGGGGGGAUGAAAGACGAAGCAAAACAAAGAGCCGGGUGCUGAUUUCCCAGUGUUUGUGUGUCUUGAUGAAAAAGGUGUUUUCCUCGUUUCGCUUAUUGUUGUCGUUGGCAGACUGAGUUUCCUCCUCACACAGCGGGUCCUGGUUUGUGUUGGAGUGAAUGCAAUGCUAAUGGCUCCUCACAUGAAGCAUCAGGACUUCUGCUUUCUGCUGCCCUGGGCACUCACACACACACACACACACACACACACACACACACACACACACACACACACACACACUCUCACACACACACACACUCUAAGGCUCAAAUAUAGUUUGACAUUAUAACAAGCAACUAUGCUACGUCUACAAAUAGAUGCGGCUACAUGUCUGCAUACACACAGCCAGCGGCAAGGACACACAAAGACACCCAGAGAGCCCCUGCUGUCGUCUUCCUCCUUACCUCCUUACCUUAGGGAGGAGCGAUGAUGAGAGGUGAGGACAGUGUGCUGGGAGGUGUUCUAAGAGGUUCCCCCGGGUUCUGAGGAUUCGCCUGGUUUGAAAUGGUUUAAUGGAGUUGAACUAAGGGCAAUUAGCAGGACACAGGCCAGCCAACCGGCAGUCGUACUUCAUCAGUGGAAUUAAAACGUCAUAUUGACUGUGAGGUUGUGUUUUUUUCCCCCCAUGCCCUAAUGUGAAAACAUGGAAGGAUUAUCAGAAUAUGUUUUUCAUGGGGAAAAAUAUAGGCUGGUUCCGCAGGGAGUCUAGACAUUUUACAAAAAGAAUGCCACAAAUCAAUCUUAGCAGCUUUAGAUUUGGGCAUUGUUCUCUCUCUCUCUCUGACUAAAAUAUAAUAACAAGGGACACAUGUGACCAGAUCCACAAGCCCCCCCCGGCGGUCAUUUUGCAGGCAACAUCUUUGCCCCGGCCAUCAAUGCGAAGAGCAUCGCAGGAGUCCAGCUCUCGGUGCCACACCGCCCGACAAUUCCCACAUCACCAUCUCCGUGUUGGCGUUCACACAUGAGCAGUUUGAGUGACGGUGACAUUUAUGGGCUUGUCCAGACAGCGGCCCCAUCCGUCCCUCGAGGCCGUCCCUCUCCAAUAACCCCUUUGCUCUCUGGAGGUAUCCAACUGUGUGGCCCUAAUAUACCCACUGUCAAUAAGUUAGAUUGACUGAACUGCAGGCCCACAGAAUGAACUGUGUAGAAGUCAAUCCAUUAUGUGUAGGAGCAGGAAAUGAUAGAUAAAACGCUUCAAAACAUUCUAAACUGGAUUUAUUCUCCUCUCCUCACAUGUUCAUCCUGCACCACAGAAGUCCUGUAAUAGAUGUUGAUGGUUGCUUUCAUAUUGUGAGUGUGGAUGAUUUGCCAGAAUGAUCCUCGUUCAUUAGGAAAGGAUUGACCCGACCCUUAAGUUGCCCCCAUCUACCCUGCAUUUACUGAGUCAAAGGGGAGAGAAGCGCUCAUGUGAAGUGGAGGAGAUCCCUCGUGUUUUUGCCAUUCUAAUAACUGUCAGUCAGGAGGACCGACGGGAACGCUGUUCUUGGUAUUCAGCCUCCUCUCCUGUAGCUCCUCCUCUCUAUGUGCUUGUCUCCCUGACUCUAAUCAUGUGGCCAUUGUGUAUGGAUUUACUGCCCUCCGAGCCCCCCAGGAGGGAGAUUUGAUUUUUCCCCCUGCACUGGCUAAUCGUUCCCUCUCACAUUCUAUUAUUCUUUUCUAAUUCUGCCCGUCUCUCCUCCUCUUGCAGUCUCCGAUAUUUUUCCGCUGUGCUCUCUUCCUUUUUGAGAUAAUCCCCCUCAGUUGACUGGGAGCAUUUAUUCGUUCUCUGGCUUCCUCAGGUUGGCGUCUCACUUCCUUUUAAACAUGGCACAGCAUAUUAGUGAAUGAUUUGAACAGUGCGUUAUUGCCACUCUCACUCUCCCGGCUCCAUGGCAGCAGCGGUGCGAGGGGGCGACUGGUCGUGUGGACGCUGCACCUUCCUGAAUGCCGGGGCAACGCCUCGCUGCUCCAUCUGCGAGGCGCCGCGCCAGAAACCCGACCUCAACCAGAUCCUCCGGCUGAGCAGCAACGAGGAGCACCGCUGGGCCUGUCCCCGCUGUACCCUCAACAACCCUCAGGCAUCUGGAGCCUGCACCGUCUGCGGCUUCGGGCCGUCCGCGCCCACGCACACGCCCCCCACAACCACCAUAGCUGCUACUGCCAACGGGCUCCCGCCGGCCCCGGUCGAACCCUCGGCACCCCCCGUCGCCCCGCAGGUUCUGCUCGAGCCCCAAGGACAGCACCCAGCCAAGGAGGAGGUGCUGCGACGGUCCGAGAGCAACGGGGAGGUGUGCGGCCUGGAGGUGCAGCACUCGGGCUGGGCGUGCCCGCGCUGCACGCUUCACAACACGCCUGUUGCGCUGUCGUGCUCGGCCUGCGGUGGGCCCAGGAAACUGUCUUUACCUAAAAUCCCCCCCGAGGCACUGGUGGUCCCCGAGGUGCACACUCCCGUGCUGGGGUUUCCCGUUCACACUGCAGGGGCUGCCCCGCUCCUCAUAGACCUGACGGACGACUCUCCUCCCGCCCCUCCUUGUGAUCCACAAGAGCCUCCGCAUGUCCCCUCGCAGUCCCUCUCCUCCCCCUUUGCUUCCUUCUCCUCCCUCCAAAACAACCCCGUGCCUCGCAGCAGGAGAGAGGUGCCCCCUCCGGGGCGACCUCCGAACCCGGGCGCCAACACCCCCAGCCCCACCUCCCCUUCAGCAGCCAGCGUGCCACCCCAGCCGGGCCCACAGCGGCCGGCCAAGCCCAAACACGCCCAACCCCAGGAACCUUCUUACCCCAGCAAGCGCCUCAGUAUCUUGGAGGAAGACGUUCCUCUGCACCACCCUCUGACCCCCCACCUCCCCGUUGCCUCCUCAGCCGCCCCCACCUGGAAGUGCCCCGGCUGCUCGUUGCCCAACACCGGGAGUUCAUCGAAGUGCGACACCUGCCGCUCGUCACGGGCCGGCGCCGACCUCAUUGACCUGGUGGGCUGCGAGACGGUGCGAUUCACCCCAGCCAGCCCCUCCAGCCCGGACUUUAGCACGUGGGCCUGCUCCAAGUGCACGCUGCGCAACCCCACGGGGGCACCCAAGUGCUCGGCCUGCGGCUCUUCCAAGCUGCAUGGCUUUCAGGAGCAUCAGGUGGCGCUGCCCCGCUGCUGUGCACACUGCGGCGGCGGCGCCGCAUCGUGCUCCUGCACGCCCUCCUCGUCCUCCUCGGGUCACAAAGCAAGGAAGCAAGCCCGGGGCUACCCUCCCUCCUCCUCUGCUAUUGCUUCAUCUAGCUCCUCUUCCUCCUCCAUCUCGUCGAGCCUUCAGGAGAAGCCGGGGCAGUGGAGCUGCCCGGCUUGUACGCUGCUCAAUGACAUUAAGGCCAAGAACUGCGCGGCGUGCCACACACCGCAGCAGUACCUCACCCUGCGCAAGGUGGUGAAGCCUCUGAAGAGGCGGGAGAGCAUGCAUGUGGAGGCCCGUCGGCGAAACGAUGAGGGCGAGGCCAAGGAGCUUCUGGAGAACAUAGUCACCUUCUGCAGAGAGAACUCCGUGAACUUCGUGGACGACAGUUUCCCCCCGGGACCUCGCUCCGUGGGCUUCCCCGAGGGCGACAGCGUCCAGCAGCGCAUCAAAAAGUGGCUCCGCCCACACGAGAUCAACUGCAGCAACUUCAAAGACCGGGGCGUCAAGUGGUCCGUCUUCCGCACGCCGCGGCCCUCCGACAUCCUGCAGGGCCUGCUCGGAAACUGCUGGUUCCUGAGUGCGCUGGCGGUGCUGGCGGAGCGCCCGGAGCUGGUGGAGCGGGUGAUGAUCACCAGGACGAUCUGCACAGAGGGCGCCUACCAGGUGCGGUUGUGUAAAGACGGGACGUGGACGACGGUGCUGGUGGACGACAUGCUGCCCUGCGACGACUACGGCUACCUCCUCUUCUCCCAGGCCCAGAGGAAGCAGCUAUGGGUGGCGCUGAUUGAGAAGGCCCUGGCCAAACUCCACGGCUCCUACUUUGCCCUGCAGGCGGGGCGCGCCAUCGAGGGCCUGGCCACGCUGACGGGGGCCCCCUGUGACUCCCUGAUGCUGCAGGUCAGCUCCACCAACCCUCGGGAGGAGCCCAUCGACACCGACCUCAUCUGGGCCAAGAUGCUCAGCUCCAAGGAGGCUGGGUUUCUGAUGGGUGCGUCUUGUGGAGGAGGCAACAUGAAGGUGGACGACGUUGUCUAUGAGUCGCUGGGUCUGCGGCCUCGACACGCCUAUUCCAUCCUGGACGUACGAGAUGUUCAGGGUUACAGGUUGUUGCGGCUGCGUAACCCGUGGGGUCGCUUCUCGUGGAACGGCAGCUGGUCGGACGAGUGGACAGAAUGGCCGCAGCACCUGCGCCACGAGCUGAUGGCUCACGGCAGCAGCGAGGGUGUCUUCUGGAUGGAGUACAGCGACUUCAUAAAGUACUUUGACUCGGUGGACAUCUGUAAGAUCCACUCAGACUGGCAGGAGGUGAGGCUGCAGGGCUGCUUCCCCAGCAAGGCCAGCGGGCCGGUCACCGUCACAGCCCUCACCGUGCUGGAGAGGACGGCGUUGGAGUUCGCUCUCUUCCAGGAGGGAAGCAGGCGUUCAGACACAGCCGACAGCCACCUGCUGGACCUGUGCAUCAUGGUGUUUCGUGCCUCCUUCGGCAGCGGCAACAAGCUGACUCUGGGCCGCCUGCUGGCCCACAGCAAGCGGGCGGUGAAGAAGUUCGUCGGCUGCGACGUGAUGCUGGAGCCGGGGGAGUACGCCGUCGUCUGCUGCGCCUUCAACCACUGGCAGAUGAACGUCAGCGGGACGGGAGGUCCACCCACGCCCGUCUCCAGUCCUACCAGCGGGGCAGCACGGCGGCCCAGCCAAGACUUCCCCGGCUACAUCCUCGCUAUCUACAGCUCCAGACAGGUGAUGGUGGAGCAGGUGGAGGCGAUGGCUACCACGCUGGCCGACGCCAUCAUCCUCCUCACGGAAAACAAGGGCGAAAGACACGAGGGCCGCGAGGGCAUGACGUGCUACUACCUGACCCACGGCUGGGCGGGGCUCAUCGUGGUGGUGGAGAACCGCCACCCCAAAUACUACCUCCACGUCUCCUGCGACUGCACCGACAGCUUCAAUGUGGUGUCCACGCGCGGCAGCCUCAAGACCAUAGACAGCGUACCGCCUCUGCACAGGCAGGUGCUGGUGGUGCUGUCACAGCUGGAAGGCAACGCCGGCUUCUCCAUCACCCACCGCCUGGCUCACCGCAAGGCGGCCCAGGCCUCCCUGGGAGACUGGACCCCCACCAAGGCCACCCACUGCCCCCAGCUCACUCCGGACAUUGACGGCCUGCACCGGCCCCGGCCGCUAUGACCACCGCCCACCGUCUCGCACACACACGCUGACUAUUAUCCAAUGAACUGUCAGACCACUGGAAAAACCAGGCAAGGGAGGGCGAGUGGCGUGUGCGGCCCUGAAACGUGGAGAACACGCACACCUGAAUGUAAAGCAUAACCGGGCCGCGUCCAUCCGCUGUCCUCCUAAUGCUCCAUAAAUGCUUUCAUCCGGUCGCUCUCUCCCUUGCCAAACGGAUGUGCCAUGUCAGGAUGAAAUGAGGGAACAGGCCACACGGGGUGACCUGCACUUACUCGCAAAACAAUUUUUCCCCCGGGCCACCUAACAGGAUCCAGCUCAGACUACUUAAAAUUCUGGGUGUUUUUUUUUUUUUUUUGUUUGUUUUCUGGUACGAGCGCUGUACGAGGAAGGGAUGUCAUCCCUGAGUUACGAAUGCUUGGAGACGACCCUGCUUUACUGAGCCAUUUUGCCGGCCCACAAACUUUGAGCCAAUCACCCGCAGCGAUCAGACACUUGUCCCUGUGUCGCCCGCAAGAACGGCGAACAAGGCAGCAAACUUCAGGGGGAGUUAAUCUCGCCUAGCCCUCAGUACGGUACUUAAUGAGCCAAAACCCCCAUACUCUAGUUUUACUCACAGUCCUACAUGUUUUUCUAUUCAAUACACGUCAGUCUUACUUGUUUUGUACACGGCCCUUGUUAGCGUCUUGCUCAUAUUUGUGUGUUGUUUUUUUUGAGGCCGUAGAGAAGCCAUCAUUCACACAGUACUGUCUGUCCCCACUCUCCAUCAUCUCCGCAGUGCUGUCCAGCUCUCUCUCUCACUCUCUCUCUCUCUCUCUCUCGCUCAGGACCAAACCCGUGAUUUGUAGAGUGAGCUGGGAGUCUGACGUUGCAGGUGUACGGUGCCCAGAUAGCUGGAACAUCAUCUUUCCGGAAACACUUAGCAGCCAGGCCGCUCCGGAGAGAAAUACCGACACAUAAUAGAAGUCCCUUCCUAGUGUUUCAAUAGACUAACAUACAAUUUGGCCUUGUUUCCCUUCAGAGAAACAACCACUGUAGCUCCUUUUUUUUUCUUUCCCUGUCUCUCGCAUAAUUCAUUUUCACUCGGCCUCAGUUUGGGGUCGAAGCGCUGGAGGCGAGUCAUUACAUGACCGGCUUUGUAGUUCACCCCUCGGGCACCCUGGCUUUUCUCAUCCAGAUCGGCAGUCAGUUUAUAUCUUCACACAUAAAUUCACGCUUUGGGAGCAACUCUCCUCUCCAGACGCUAGACAGACUGAAUUAAUGCGGCUUUCUCGCAUUCUCUCUCGGAUUGCGACACCCUGGAAAGUUGUGUCUGAUCUUCCUUGGUACCGAAGGUCAGUGAGUAUUUGUCUAUUUUAUCACACUCUGCCAGUGUUUUGAGUUACACUUUAGUGUACUUGGGGAGCACCAGAGGAGCCAGUGGCUGUUUGAGCAGUCAGUCUGCCGUCGGGGAGCUCUUACGCUGAGCUGCCGAGUUUACUUUUGGGAGGUCAGGGACCGUCUUUUGUUUGCUCGGGAGCGGCGCGAGCAUCUGGGCCGUCCUCCCACAAGGCUACACCGACCGCACGUCGGCGACAGCACAAGGCGCUCGUGUAAUAACAAAUUAGCAUUUUGUCAGUCCGCUUGCACCCGUAGCAGGAGCGUAAAGGGACCCCUGAGACAUGUUGUGACACAGAAAAUAGUUGCGUCUGCGUCGUUUCACAGGAUGGGUUGCCUACAGCCCGCCCCGCUUCUUUCUGUUCCAGUUCCUCCAGCGUCAAAGCCAUUACUCCUACGUCACGUAGGACCUUUCAGUCCUCACCAUGGCAACAUAGAUGUUUUAUCAGAGAGAAGCGGGAAGACUGACGCGCUACUAUAGUAACGGGAUGGAGUGGGAGACUUGUUGAUGUAUUGUGUCGUGAAAUAAGGGGAGGAAAAAACUUGAAAGCUGAUAAGCAAAAUCGCAGGAGCAUUCACACACUGAUUGAUUGUCGGGUAGAGAAAAUUGCUCUUUUUUUUUAUGUCAAGUUCAUUUUGAGUUUAAACAUUUAAAAGUCCCCACAUGAGAUGAUUCAGUUGACGACUUAAGCUCAGCAGCCUUGAGUUGAGAAAGUGCUGACAUCUCACGAGCGUGCCGUCGGUAGCGUUGGUGGUAAAUGGCAGCACCGUGGUCCCCCGGACGCUUGCCGUCUUUUACUUAUUCUGCACAACCACGACUGAUCAUCUGCACUUCAGCACCAGGACAGCUCGCGAGAAUAAGAACACACUGCCACACCGCUGUGAAACCUGAAGCUGAGGUCGCUGUAAAUAUGUUUUCCAAAGAAACAUGAUGUGUAAUGACGCCCCGUCUGAUCACAGGCUGUGACCUUUUUAAUUUAUUUGUACAAGUGAUUUUGCAGGCCUGUCGUCAAAUGACUAUUGCGGAAUACUGGACUGUAUGUAUGACAGAUAAAGGAAUGUGAUACUGUUACGGCUUUAGUCUGAGCCCAGAGGGAUUAGAAAUGAACCUGCACUGAAUCACCUGCAAUGACGAGGCACCUCAAAAUCCAGCGUCGCCGCUGGAUCACUUUACAUUUACAUGAGAUUGUUUUUUUUGCUUUUAUUUAUUUUUUUUUUUUUACUAUGUGUCAUUUUUUGGCUCUUGCUGGUGUCCUUGGAACCUCCUCCUCUUCUGUGAAGUUGUGGCGGUGACUCCUCUGUGUGUCGGGGGCGCCCCCUGCUGCUGGAGAGGCUGCAGCCAUGAGAAAAAGCGGGUCGCCUUCUUCCUCUCCUCUCCCCUUCUUCCUCUCCUCUCCCCUUCUUCCUCUCCUCUCCUCUCCCCUUAGUCUGGUUCCCUCCUUGUAAAGUGUACAGACUGCAAAACUAAAGCCACAGAUCAGAUAGAAAUGAACUGACCCUUUUAAAGUUGUAAAAAAAAAGAAAGUACGAUAGAAACAAAACAAUGAAAACCUAAUGCUGAAAAAAAUCAAUCUCAGAUGAAUGUGAUAUAUAUUUUAUUGAUUUUUUUCUGGGAUGGGAAUAUGAGUAUAUGUGUACAAACAUAUGUAUGUUUAAUUUUCAAUCUCAGGUUCCGGUGGACCAAAUAAAUCUUUUUUAAAUUAA